AUGGGUAUCACAUAUAGUAGAUCGCCUUUUCAAAAACGAAAGAUUGACGAAGCUACUAGUAAUGCAAGUUUAUCGACUUUACAUUUUGCGCUAAACUCCGAUAAACCGAAAUGGAACGUGUUUUGGAAAAGAAGGAAAAGAAAUUUUCCAGCCUUCAAGCGCAAAAAGUCGUUCCCGCUUGUUAACGCUGAAAAACACUUGUACGAAAUGAAG